UUUCAUGUUUGUUAUUGCCUAAUAUGAUGAUUAUCCACUGAUCUGUUACAUUCAUCAUUCAAUAAGAGAUGAAUUACAAUUACCCUCUAAUUAUUAUAACUUAAUAACCUGGAACACAAUGGAAAAUACUCAACUCAUUUGUCUAUGUGUUUAUUGACAAAGAAACCAGAAAUUGUGUUAGAUGACCAACUUGAUUGAAAUUGACCAAUCGUCAUUCACUGAUCCCUCUGUGAAUGUGAUGAAUUGAAAUUCGUUUCCGGAUAAGCAACAUCGGAAUUGGAGAAUAGUGAAGAACAAGCAUAGAGUUGAAUAAGAGGGAAUAUGAAAAGCCACUGAAGUAAGAAAGAUGGAAUAAGACAACAACAAAAAAUCAGAGUGUACACUAGUCCUACUCGUACUCUCACUUUAACUCGAACACACACCAACAAUCAUUUUGUUUAGUCUUCAAAUAGACAGAUGUCUUAGUUGAUAUUCUCUACACAGCAUGAUGUCGAAAGAGAAAGAAUUAUGUCGAAUUCUAUUUACCAAUAUCAAAAGUUGAACAAGUAGACAAGACACACUUGUUCAACUCGUUCCCAAUAUACAACAAACAAGAGAACAAUGACAGAUCAAUGUAGAUAGAUCUAUAUGAAUUAGAAUAGUUAUGAUGAUCAUGAUCAUGGUGAAUGAAUCAUGAUCCAUUCAACGUUAAUUUACUAAUCAAAUCAGACAUUAAUUCAGUAAUUCACAUAUAACAGUAAUGUGUAUUGACUUCUAUUGUGCCAUCUAUGUUCAACAGUUAACUGAUAUCUAUCCGCACAAAACACACUAAAGUAAAUUAGACAAAUGAGAAGUUCAGUUACAUUUGAUUAUCAUCAUGAACUGAAUAGUUCAUAUGUAAUCAGUAGCUGUUGAAUUCGAACAAUCUUGAAUAGUAACAAUGUUUUAUUCACUAUAAUACAUCAGAUCAAAUUUGAGACAUACUAUAGAGUAGGUAAGAAGUUUCCAAAUGGAAUGAUAGUGUUCCAAGGUGUAAAAUGGGUUCAUCAUCACAUUUCAAACGACCUGUUGAUUAAAACUGAACCAUCCACAUUCAAAGUCAGAACUGAUUUCCUGACGAAUAUACUGAAGGAUAGAAUUAUCGAAAUCAUACCACCACUAAGGUUAUAUGGGAAGUCACAACUAUUCCAAUCAAUAGAUAAUAUGUUAACACACAAAGCCUAUAGAUUGGGAAUACUCACACAACACAAAAUGGACUCAAACUCUGCUCCUGGUCCUUCAUCACAACAUCCAUUAAAGCUCAAAGGAGAAACAAACACAAUGGUCAACCUCACAAAUACAAAUCCAAUUAACUAUAAAUAAAUAAAAGAAAUAAUUCAUCAUGGAUUCACACCACAUCACACAUCAACACACAAUUCACAGUCUGUCAUACUCGACUGAAUAAUCAAAAGUCAUAAUAAUCAAAAUCAAAUUCAACCACUCAACAUCAAGUGGACUGACUCUGUAUUUCACAAGUUGGAUAUUGAUAUCACACAAAAUGGAACCACUUCUUGAUAAUGUGGAAAUUCUAUUGAUUAAAU